AGAGUCGUAUGACAUGCAAUCGUAAACAGUACUUCGUUCUUUUUUUUGUUUCUUUUGUUUUGUUCUUGCCUCUUUCUCUUUGCGUAUUCACACGGUACACACGCACACAAUAUACGCGAAGAAGCUCAAAAGCACGUUUUAUCUCAUUACAUAAAGUAGAGAAAGAUUAUGUAAUAAAUAAAUUUUUUAAAUACAUGUCGAAUAUAAAACAAUUUCCGGUCCCAAAUACUUGACAAAAACGCAGAAUUCGACGAAAUUUUACAAAUUUGAAGUUAAAUAAAAAAAAGUUUAUUUUUUUUCGGUUACAUUGGAUUUUGUCGGAUUUGGUGAAGCUUGACAGUUGUUAUGUUAAUUGUUUAAGUAGAAAAAUUGUGGCUGCUAAUAUUAAAGAUUAAAAUUACAAUAGAAUAAAUAGUGUGUACAAAUCUACUAUUGAAAAUUCACAUCAUAAAUAAAUAAAAAACGAAAUCGAGUGGUUUCGUGAACAAUUAAAAAGCAAUAAAUUUAUCAAAUACUGUACGCCGAUAAGAUGACGCUGGAAGAUGCUCACACGUCAAUUCCAAAAAUAAAUGAAGAAAGCAUACGCCGGCCGAAAAUUGAUCAUUUCCAUGGUAAACAGGCGUUUGCUGGCGGUGUUGCUGCAUUUGUCACCCGUUUCGUGUGUCAACCAUUUGACGUGUUAAAAAUUCGAUUUCAAUUACAAGUCGAACCGCUCGGCUGUAAUAAAUCAAAAUAUGUGUCAAUGCCGCAAGCGGUUCGCACCAUAUUUCGUGACGAAGGAGUUGUUGGUUUCUGGAAAGGACAUAUGCCUGGUCAGCUGUUAAGCAUUGUUUAUGGGGUUGCACAAUUUUGGGCAUUUGAAGAAUGCAAAGACUAUGCCAAACACUUAAAUCUCUAUCAUCAAAAUGAAAAUAUUGCAAAUUUUGUAUGCGGAUCCAUGGCCGGUGCACUUGGAACAGUAACGGUGACACCGAUUGAUGUUGUACGAACUCGUCUCAUUGCUCAAGAUUCUCAUCGUGGCUAUCCAAAUACCUACCGAGCAUUUAUGACGAUUGGCAAACAGGAAGGCAUCCGUGGACUGUAUCGUGGCUUCUAUCUUAGUUUAAUUCAAGUAGCACCAUUAACUGGUAUUAAUUUUAUGACGUAUAAAUUCCUAUGCACAUCAACCGUUGACGUUUUGAAUUUACAUGAUAAAAGUGAAAUUCCGGCGCUAGUUACAUUUUUCAAUGGUGCAAUGGCUGGAUUGGUUUCGAAAGCGGUUGUUUAUCCAUUGGAUUUGGCGAAAAAACGAAUGCAAAUUCAAGGUUUUGGCGAACAUCGGAAAAAUUUUGGCAAACAUUUUGAAUGUACGGGUAUUGUUGAUUGUUUCCGUGUGACGAUCCUACGCGAAGGUUACCGUGGUUUAUUCAAAGGCAUGUGGCCCAGUGUACUAAAAACGGGCAUCACAUCGGCUAUGAACUUCUGUAUUUAUGACAAUAUUAAUUUAUUAAUUAAAAAUAACACGUAAUGAUUCUCGAAAAACAAAACAAAACAAAACUGACACAAACAAUUACAUUACAAUUUAAGUUUAAAAUUUAACCAAGAAAAAAAAGAGAAACAAAAAGAAGAAAAAGAAGAACUAGAAACUUGCAUGUUGUUUUCUUUUUGAUUUUUUUUUUUUACAUAUCAUUUUAAAUUAUUUAUUCAAUUCUUUUUUUGCAUUCGAUCGAAGGAAUCUAAAGAGAACAGAAAAACAACAAGUACUUAAAUAAUAAUCAAUACAACCAAUACAAUAUAAUUGUGAUAUUUAAUUGUUUAAAAAAACAGAGACAGAAUGUGAGAAAAAAAUCAUAUAACUUUAGUUUUGUAUCGAAAUAGACUAAAAAUAUUCAAAUUAAACAGAAUUAUCUCGGUUGAAGAAAGAAACAAACAAAGAAA